AUGAAAGGGGUGUUGGGAAGCUUACGAGCUACUCAUUGCAUCGGUUCAGUUCUAUUCAGACCUUGCAAUAUUGCUACACCUUCUGUCUCUUUUCAAGUUGCUCCUUGCUUCCGAUCUCAUGUGACGCCACAAAAGCAAUAUUGUUCUGCCAAUGUACUGUCUAAUGUUCCAUCAAAAGAAACACUUUUUCGGGUGGACUGGGUCCUAGAACAUCUUUUGUUUUUAUAUGGAGUUGAGGUUUGUAUCGUUCAGACUCCGGCUAUUUUAAAAUCGCGGUUAAAACCUUUUUUCGACAUUUGCUUGGAAGACGUCUCGUUUGAAGAUAAACUUUACAAUUACAAAUUUACAAGUAAAUCGCAAUUGUUCACGCAUAUCGCAAAAUUAAGGUUAUAUUUUCGUUAUCGAUCGCCCUACAAUAAAGUGGAGAGAAUUGGUUCUUGUAUUUAUGAAAAUGAAGAUGUUAUCGUUUUAUUAUGGCGGCUAAGUACGUUAGAAUCCAACUUUUGGACGUACUUUCCAUCUUUCAUCACAAAAAGAGAGGUACGGUCUUUUUUUUACUACUACUAG